UUUCUCUAGCAUCUCUGUGUUACAGCUCACUAUAAUGAGGAUCAUCGUUAUUCUGGCUGUGUUAACUGGGGUAACUGGGAGCCCCAGUGUGACGAUCAGACCCGGAGCUGACUCAGUGGACACGACGGCUCAUCCCAACAGCGUACCGGAGACAGCGGAGGAAACAGAGAUCGAUGGACAGGACGUAUUAGUGGACAAGGAAGCUGAGGAGGAUGUGAUGGCGACUGGAGAGCUGAACCCCAAUCACUACCCGGCUAGGAGGGCAGCCAAAGUGGUCCAACACUACCUCAGCACCCGCUACGGCUCUCCGUACAGGCUGUUCGGACUGCACAACGUGCACAGCGGAAACGCAGAGGAUGUGGCAGACGCUGGAAGAAAGUAUCAGCUGGAGAUCUCAGUGCAGGAGAUCAUCAGCAAUACUACAGAGACAUGCUCUGCAGAGGUUUUGUUUCCGAAGGGAGGACCACCUCAGGUCCAGGUCUCGUGUGAGGAGCUCCUUAAAAUCAACACUAUAGCUCAAGAAGAGGCCUUGUAUCAACAGUACAAGAUGAACCAAAACCUGCAGUCGGCACAAAAUCUACCUGACAGCUACGGCCACAUUGAGCCUGACCAGAAGCCUCUCUGGCACCUCGGCAUCGUGGCCUCCAGCUUCGUCAUGCUGAAUGAAUCCACUGAAAACACUCUGUACAACAUGGCUCAGGUGGCCAACAUCACGCAGCUGGCGACUGAGAACGACCAGCUGAAGUUUGAUUGUCACGUACUGCUGCAUGAGAUGGUCUCCCAGGACAUCAUUCACUGGAAGCUGCUGUUCACCUGGUCUCCUCCAGAGGGAGUUAAAGUGCUGCAGAUGGAGCAGCUGCCUCACUGCCAUGAAUGUGAAAAACCUCCAAGCACAAACUAAACUGCUGACGUCCAUGAUCACACUGCUAUAACAUCCAAAACAACAUGUUGAUGCUCCCGUCUUGUAUUCAAAUAUCGGAGCACACAUGCUGCAAGUAAAAAGCCAUCAUAUCUAAUGAUGAUAUCCUUUUGGUUGCUAUUGUAUUUUACUCAAAAUAAACUGUUUAUACAUA